AUAAAAUAAAAGCGAACGCAUCGUCGUUUUCCCUUUUAUCGCUUUGUCUAUGGCUUCCUAUCCACCUCUCUUCUUCUUCUCAAUUGCCGGAGACAAAUCCCAAUUCCCAGAAAUUCAAAUUUAAAAUUCCGAAUCCUUUCAAAAACAAGAAAAAUAAUUUCUUUUUGCUUAUAUAUUCUUGAGAAUUUCGGAAAGUCUCGCGGGUUUUUGAAAAUUUUGAUCCGGAAAUCCGAUACCCAAACGCGAUGCUCUGACCUCCGGAAUCGGGAAUUGAAAUCCCCAGGCUCGGUCUGUUUAGGGAGGAAUCUCCGAUUACCAAAUGGGUCUCUGCACCUCCAAACCCUCCCUAAACUCGCACACUUUCUCGCCGCAAUCCGAUUCCCCACCAACCAAGGAGAGCUCCGUUCCGCCGCCGAACGCCGCCGGAAAUGGAAAAAACCGUAGAGAUGAGAAGGCUGAGGAGGAGAACGUCAAGAAGUCUCCGUUUUUCCCAUUCUACAGCCCCAGCCCGGCACACUACUUCUUCUCCAAGAAGUCUCCGGCGAGAUCUCCGGCGAAUGUGAGCUCGAACUCGACCCCGAAGCGGUUCUUCAAGAGGCCUUUCCCGCCGCCGUCCCCGGCGAAACAUAUAAGGGCGGUUUUGGCUAGGAGGCACGGGUCUGUGAAGCCAAACGAGGCGGCGAUACCGGAGGGCGGCGAGGCGGAGGGCGUCAACGGCCUGGAUAAGAGCUUCGGAUUCUCCAAGCAUUUUGGGAACAAGUAUGAGAUGGGAGAAGAGGUUGGGCGAGGGCAUUUUGGGUACACUUGCAAAGCUACGUUCAAGAAGGGCGAGCUCAAGGGCCAACAGGCCGCUGUUAAAGUCAUCCCCAAAGCCAAGAUGACUACUGCCAUUGCCAUUGAGGAUGUGAGAAGGGAAGUGAAGAUAUUGAGAGCUUUAAGUGGACAUGACAAUCUAGUGAAAUUUUAUGAUGCGUAUGAAGACCAGGAAAAUGUCUACAUUGUAAUGGAAUUAUGUGAAGGAGGGGAGCUCCUGGAUAGGAUACUUGCCAGGGGUGGGAAAUACACAGAAGAUGAUGCAAGGACCGUUAUGACACAGAUAUUAAAUGUGGUUGCGUUUUGCCACCUCCAAGGUGUGGUGCAUCGGGAUCUUAAACCUGAGAAUUUUCUGUUUACGUCAAAGGAUGAAGAUUCACGGUUGAAGGCUAUAGACUUUGGAUUGUCAGAUUUUGUCAAACCGGACGAGAGGCUUAAUGACAUUGUUGGUAGUGCGUACUAUGUAGCCCCUGAAGUUCUACAUAGGUCUUACGCUACAGAGGCUGAUGUCUGGAGUGUAGGCGUGAUUGCAUACAUUCUUUUGUGUGGAAGCCGUCCAUUUUGGGCUCGAACUGAGUCUGGCAUUUUUCGGGCUGUUCUAAAAGCUGAUCCAAGUUUUGACGAACUACCUUGGCCAUCUCUGUCCACAGAGGCAAGAGAUUUUGUCAAGCGCCUGUUGAAUAAAGAUCCACGGAAAAGAAUGACUGCUGCUCAAGCCCUAUGUCAUCCAUGGCUUAAAAAUUCUAAUGAUAUUAAAGUUCCUCUGGAUAUAUUAAUAUUCAAACUCAUGAAGGUCUAUAUGCGUUCAUCACCUCUCCGAAAAGCUGCUUUAAGGGCUCUUUCCAAGACAUUGACUGUGGAUGAGCUUUCUUAUUUGAAGGAGCAGUUUGCGCUGUUGGAACCAAACAAAAAUGGCACAAUAAGCUUAGAAAAUAUUAAAACGGCAUUGAUGAAAAAUGCAACUGAUGCAAUGAAGGAGGCGCGAAUUGCUGAUUUUCUAGCAUCGCUUAAUGCGUUGCAAUACAGAAGGAUGGAUUUUGAGGAAUUUUGUGCAGCUGCACUCAGUGUGCACCAACUUGAGGCUGUUGAUCGGUGGGAGCAACAUGCUCGUUGGGCCUACGAAAUUUUUGAGAAGGAUGGCAACAGGGCUAUUGUUAUUGAGGAACUGGCUUCGGAACUUGGCCUCAGCCCUUCCGUCCCAGUUCAUGCGGUUCUUCAUGAUUGGAUUAGGCACACUGAUGGAAAGCUAAGUUUCCUUGGAUUUGUCAAAUUGUUGCAUGGAGUUUCUAACCGAGCUGUACCAAAAGCUCAAUAAAAGUUUUGAUAAGAUCCAUCAAGUAUAGAUUUGCCGGUGCUGUCUUGACUCUUGACCGAUAAAACAAUGGUCUUGGAGGUGGUUGAGAAAUUUUCUGGAUGCAAAUACUCUAUAUUUUGCAGCUGCAAUAUAUAACCGAAGCGAAUCAUCAUUUGAUGAAGCUGCGGCAUUGUGUGUACACUUGGGACUGGAGAGAUAUGACACCUUUGCGUUCGCUAGAUGAAGCAUUCAGUCGUGUUUUUCCACUGUAAAUCUGUAGUAUUAGUAUAGUGUGUUCAGUUGCAGAUUAGAAUAGUUCUCAACUUGUUUACUAAAACGAUCACUCUUCGAUGUUUCUGACAUUAGACUGGCGGGACAUGCCCUCAAUUAUGUUGUAGCAUCUCUCCUCUUAAUACUACUAUUUAAUGAGCAUCAUAUCUUUUUGUUUAA